AUGCCACCAUCGCUGUACAUCGCUGCGCUUUCUGCCGCUAAGGUCAAUGAGACGGCCCAAGACCCUCCUAAUGCAGACGACAAGGAGAGCAUCAAUGGGCCCGUGAAGCUCGGCCAGGAAGCAUCCUGCAUCAAUCAGAAUUUCUCCCAGAUGGUUCUGGAUCCGGACGAGCCAGUUGAAGACAUGGGUAACCCCAAUCCAUUCGAGGACGAGGACAACGCUGGGUGCGUUGCCUCCGGGGCAUACAGAUAUCGCAAAAUCACUUUACCGGGCAAUCCCAAGGCCACCGCCGACUUUGAGCAGAAUCCAGUCAAGCUGGUUGUGCGUACAGAGGUGAAUUGCAAGCUGCCCAGCAGCAACGAACUGGUCUCUGUCAAGGCCAUGCAUGAGUACGAGCCGAAGCCAAACUACAAUUGGCGAGCUCACCUCGAGUCUACGCGAGGAGCAUGCCUUGCCACUGAACUGAAGAACAACGCUUUCAAGCUGGGGCGUUGGACAGCGCAGGCAAUCUUGGCAGGAUGUGAGACAAUCAAAAUAGGAUACGUGUCUCGUCAGCAUCCGAAGGAUCCAUGGUCACACUCGCUGCUUGGGGUGCAGACCUAUGCCACCAGUGGAUUUGCAGAGCAGAUCGGCUUGACACGAAACAACAUGUUUGGCAUCAUUCGGAACAUCAUUGACCUGGUCAUGAGUUGGGAAGACGGCAAGUACCUGUUGCUGAAGGACCCCACGAAGUCUGUUCUCCGCAUCCACGAGGUUCCAUGGGAUACCUUCCAAGAUGAUGAGGAGGAGGACGAUGCAAACGAUGAAGAGGAAGAGCAAGAGCUCGAUGAGGAUGGAAACGUAGUUCCAAACCAGGUACGCAUGCCCAUUGCGGUUCUGACUUUAAGAGUGCAGACAGUCGGCGAUGAAGGGGCAGAACAGUUGGCUUCCGCGCUUGAGGGUUUUGCAGGGGAGAAGCUGCACACUCUUGAUUUGGGUGGCAACCGGAUUUCGGAUGAUGGUGGUGUGCAGCUAUGCAAGGCUGUUUCGCUGAUGGGCCGCCUGCGUAAGCUAGACCUGAGCUCCAACAAGCUCGGGGAUCGCGAUUUUGCGAACAUGUAG